UGUUCAAACACACCAAGCUAUUUUCCAGAGGAAGCCUACGCAGAACUGUUGGGCGAAUCUUUAGUCACGCACUUCCUGGUUUGUUCCCAAGAACAAAUUGGUCAGUUGUUGUGGGGGGGAAAUUAUGGAGGGGGAUCAGGAAACAAGUGUGGCUGCAUCUUCAGUGGCUCCCAAGAAGAAGAAGAAUGGGUCCUUUCGAUCCAUUUUCAUGCACGCCGAUAUGUUAGAUUGGUUCCUCAUGGUCCUUGGCCUUGUUGGGUCCCUCGGCGACGGUUUCACCACUCCUCUCGUCCUUCUCAUCAGUAGCCGCUUGAUGAACAAUAUAGGCUCUGGUCCUACCAUCGAUCCGAAUGCUUUUACAAAUUCCAUUAAUAAGAAUGCGGUGGCCCUGCUAUAUUUGGCUGCUGGCUCAUUCCUCACUUGCUUCCUCGAGGGGUAUUGCUGGACCAGAACAGGGGAAAGGCAAGCUGCCAGAAUGAGAGCUAGGUAUUUGAAAGCGGUGCUCAGACAGGAUGUUGCUUACUUUGAUCUGCACGUGACGAGCACGUCGGAGGUGAUCACCAGCGUCUCCAACGACAGCCUUGUAAUUCAAGAUGCUAUUGCUGAGAAGGUGCCAAACUUCUUGAUGAACGUGUUUAUGUUCAUCGGGAGCUACGUAGCGGCUUUCGCGAUGUUAUGGAGGCUGGCUAUUGUGGGGUUCCCAUUCGUGGUGCUGCUCGUGAUCCCUGGUUUACUCUACGGAAGGACUCUAAUGGGGUUGGCGAGGAAGAUCAGAGAGGAGUAUAAUCACGCCGGUACAGUAGCCGAGCAGGCGAUAUCUUCCAUAAGAACUGUGUAUUCCUUCGUGGGAGAAAGCAAGACCAUAGCUGCUUUCUCUGAAGCUUUACAAGGAUCUGUUAAAUUGGGGCUCAAGCAGGGCUUAGCUAAGGGCUUAGCCAUCGGAAGCAACGGCAUCGUCUUCGCCAUCUGGUCCUUCAUGUCUUUUUACGGCAGCACCCUCGUCAUGUACCACGGCGCUCAAGGCGGUACCGUUUUCGCUGUCGGAGCUGCCAUUGCCGUUGGUGGCCUAUCUUUAGGGGCGGCUUUAUCGAACAUGAAGUACUUCUCUGACGCGAGUACGGCAGGGGAACGCAUAAUGGAGGUGAUCAAAAGAGUGCCGAAGAUUGAUUCGGACAACAUGAGUGGGGAGAUCCUGGAGAGCGUUUCAGGGGAAGUGGAAUUCGAUCACGUACAAUUCGCGUACCCAUCCAGAAGAGGAAGCAUAAUCCUGAACGAUUUCUGCCUGAAGGUUCCAGCUGGGAAGACGAUGGCCUUAGUGGGUGGGAGUGGAUCAGGAAAAUCAACAGUGAUAUCACUUUUGCAGAGAUUUUAUGACCCACUUGUGGGAGAGAUAAGGCUGGAUGGUGUGCCCAUUCACAAGAUGCAGCUCAAGUGGCUGAGGUCACAGAUGGGUCUGGUCAGCCAAGAGCCUGCUCUGUUCGCCACCAGCAUCAAGGAGAACGUUCUCUUUGGAAAGGAAGAUGCUUCCAUGGAAGAGGUCAUUGAAGCUGGCAAAGCUUCUAAUGCGCAUAAUUUCAUUUCCCACCUGCCUCAGGGGUACGAUACUCAGACUGUUGCUAUAUAAUUGAGUCUGAUGAUAAACCCAAAAAGUGCCCUUUUCCUGUAUUCCUCCAGACAAAAGAAAAAGUAAUAUUCUCUGCCCUGAUGGUAUCAUUUCAUAUCAUCUCUCCCCUUAUAAUUUGGUCGUCCACACACACAAGGAAUCUCCCUAUUUUAUUUUAUUUUUUAAAAUUCUGGUUACAAAAGACUGCCUCAUUGUUCUUGCAAAAUCUCCAUACGGCAUCUUUACCCUAGUCGUUUUGCUGUCAAACUUCUGCAUUGCAUUUAUAAAACAAUUAUAAAUCAAAGUAAUUAGUUCAAUGAGAGACUCAUAUAUGAUAAUUUAUCAUACUCCAAUGGACACACUAAGU